AUGGCCUCCACCCUUUCUUUGCGCAGCUACGCGGUGCGUCAGCCCUCCUCCAGCAUAUCUGUGAGGGACAGCGGACGCAGCAUUCGCUCAAAGUCUCCCGUCUCCAUCGGCACGCUGUCUCUGUCCCGCUCCCUCUCAAUGGGCAAUGGCCUCAACAUGCUGGGCUCCAGCCUCUCCUUCAACGGCCUCAGUGGCGCCGCCAGCGGGAAGGAGACCAUGCAGGGCCUGAACGACCGGCUGGCCAACUACCUGGACAAGGUGCGCUCACUGGAGAGGUCCAACGCUGAACUGGAGAUGAAGAUCAAGCAGCUCAUGCUGGAGAAGGCUCCAAAAGGGCAUGACAUCGAGGGGCUGAUGGCCCAGGCACAUGCCAUUGGGCAGGAGGUGAGAAAGAAGACGUUGGAGAACGCCCGUAUCAUGCUGGAGAUUGAUAAUGCCAAGCUGGCGGCCGAUGACUUCAGAGUCAAAUGGGAGGCGGAGGCCACCUUGUGCCAGUCGGUGGAGAGGGACUGUCAGGCUCUGAAGAGAGCAAAGUCUGACCACGACCAGAUCAUCGCCACUCUGCGAGGAGACCUGGACAGCCUGAAGGAGGAGCUCUACUUCCUCAAGAAGAAUCACGAAGAGGAGAUGAAUGCAAUGAAGUCUCGUCUGGCCAACGAGCAGGUGACUGUGGAGGUGGAUGCGGCUCAGGGUCCUGAUCUGGGGGCCAUCAUGGCUGAGCUGAGGGUCCAGUAUGAGGGCAUCACUCGCAAGAACAAGGAGGAGGCCGAGACCUGGUACCUCAAGAAAUUGGAAGCAGUGCAGUCGGAGGUCAAGGAAAGCAACGAGGCUUUGCGCUGUGCCCAAAGUGAGUUCAGCGAGCGACGACGUUUCCUGCAGGCUCUGGAGGUCGAACUCAACAGUCUUCGGAAGCAGGUAGGUGUGCUGGAAGGAAACCUGGGGGAAACGGGGCACAAGUACUCAGUGGAGAUGGACAAUCUUCAGAGCACACUGACCCAGCUGGAGGAUGAGCUGUCUCACCUGCGUUUGGACAUGCAACGCAACAAGACCGAUUAUGAACAGCUGCUGCGCAUCAAACAGAACCUGGAGAUGGAGAUCGCCACCUACAGGAGGCUGCUGGAGGGGGAGGAAAUGGUGAAAGAAACACCUCCUCCUAAAAAAGCCCCCGAGGUAAGGACCAGGAAGAUUGUAAAAGUUGUCACCCAGACCAUGAUCAAUGGCAAGGUGGUGGAUGAGUCCAGUGAGGUGGAGCAGAUCGAGGAGCGCAAAAAAUGAGCGUGUGUGAAGAGAAGAAGCAGUGAUGUCUCAUAAACUCAAAGUGCCUGCCAGCUGUGGUUUAAAUCUCACCACAAUCUUCUUGUUUUAUGUCUUCCUUAUUUUAUGUCAUGUUUUAAUGCCUUCAGCUUGCCAAACAAUAGACUAAAAUGGAAAUGAAAUAAUACUUCAACCUAAAAUAUAAUAGUCAUUUUCAGCAACAUGAACUGAAAUGAAAGAAGAAACUCAAUAUUGAGAUGUAAUGAGAAAAAUAAUCUGUGUGAUAUUAAAAUCUACAAAGAUGUAUCUGUUGAUUGUGCUGGGUCUUUGAUAAUAAGACAUUAAUCUCAUUUGAUCCGACAAAACUAAAUCUCAACUCAAUGUCUAAUUACUACUGCAGCUUUUUCUCUGGCUUUUCAGUUGUCAUCAAAAUGUGAAACAUCUGGAAAAAGCUAGUGGGUCUGUAUUUUUUCAGUCAAACUGCUGUUUUCAACGUCAAGAAUGAGCUUUCAAAAUUGUUUGGAUUUUAAGAAAUACUUUGUAUUUUUGGGAAAUGCACUUACUCACUUUCUUGCAGGAAGAUUGAUACCACUUGUAUGUCUGUAUAGUAAAUAUGAAGUGUGUAGUUGCUCAUCUUAGCUUAGCAUAAAGACUAGAAAUGGGGAUACAGCUAGCCCGGCUCUGUCCAACACUACCAGCAUCUCCAAAGGUCACUAAUUAACAUGUUAUAUCUGCUUUGUUUGAUUCAAACAGAAUAAAAAGUGUACAAAAAAGUCUUUAUGCUAAGCUAAGCUAAUCAGCUGCUGGCUUUAGCUUCAUAUUUAGUACAUAGACUUGAGAGUCUUUGUCAUCUAAGUCUCGGCAUGAAAGCAAAUAAUUUAAGUAUUUCAAAAAAUGUCAACCUUUUUCUUUAACACUUACUGAAGCUUUUGGAAAAUGUCUUCAUCUUGCACAUAUCUUGUGUCUAUGUGAUCGUUUCACUGUAAAAUAGUUAUAGGAGUAAUGUAAUGAGCUGUAGUUGCAUUUUAGAAACUUACA